AUGUUUGAAGAGGAAAAAGAACCAGAAAUGCAGAUUGGACUUCCUACUGAUGUAAAACAUGUCGCCCAUAUUGGAUGGGAUGGACCAUCCAUUGAAUCUCCCAGCUGGAUGAAAGAAUUUAAAGAACCAGGGAAAUUUCAUACAGCCCCUUUGGGUCCUCCACUUGAUGCUAAUGAUCAUCCAGAUAAUAGAUCAUGUGCUUCUGAAGAUGCAGAUGCGAACCAAAAGUACAAGAAUGCAAAUUCUUCAUUACCCGACGAUCAACCAGAAGUGACAAAGACAUCAAGGCGUCAUUCGUCAUCAGAAAAUGGGAGUGGGGGUAGUAGUUCUCCAAAGAAAGCCAGGAGCACCAGGCGACAUAAAGAGUCGUCUGAUGGUACAAAAACAAGCCGACAUAGCCGGCCUGGAUCAGGUGGUGGCUCUGAUUCUCCAGCAAGGGACCUUCCGGACAUACCUAAAAAGACAAGACGGAAGAAAUCCAAGGAGGAUGGUGGAGUGAGCUCCGGGAGCUCAUCCCGGACCUCUAAAUCAAAAGGCAUAUCAUCCUCUAGUACAACACCAAUGGAUCCUGGACAAGACACAGAAUAUGACAAUUCCACUUUAAGUUCAAGAAACAAUGAGAUAGAUAAAGAGUAGUGAGCAAAACAACAACUUAACAUGGACUCAAAAUCAGUCAAUU